GAGUCAGCAGAAUUGAGGAACUUCUCCUUGACCAUUUUGCUGAAAGUACCUCCACAGAAUGGCAAAAAAAGGGACCAAAAACGCGAUAAAAUCUAAGAAAGACAAGGUACAAACAAAGUUUGGUCCAGCAGGGAUCGUGAAAGCCAAGGAUAAGAGGAAAAAGCCCGCAGCACUAAAAAAGAUGAAAGAGCAACUAGGUGAAGAAAUACAAAAUGCAAAUAAUGAGUUUGUUGAACUACAGACGAAGAUGAUCUCUGAGAAGGAAAGUAAGGAAAAUGAAGAUGCUACAUCUAAAGAAAUUGUAACCACAAAGAUAACCCCAGUUCUUGGUUCAACCACCAUCAGUGACACAGGAAGAACAAGUUGAAGAGACAACAAAUGUUCUAGCAAAUCUAUAAAUUUCUAUUUAAUAGUGAAAAAAAAUCUACUGAAAAAAUAUUGUUUGUUGACAAUUUAGCAUAAGUGCAUACUGUGCCUAUUUAUUCGUGCAGCAUAUUUAAUUUAUUACUGUAAAUAAACAAUGUACUUUGGUCUGUUGUAGAAAGAUAAAAUCAAAUGAUCAGAUAUAGACAUUACUCAUCCUUGUGAUAAAAUUAAGGUGUGCUGGACCUGGACUCACAAAAACAUAAAUGUCAAAGUGACUUGGAUGAACAUAUAUUAAAGUAAAUUUAAAAUGCCCAACAAAGUAUACAAGAUUUGGGAAUGAAUGCAUUCCAUGAACAAUAUAUAAUAAUUAACAUAUUGUAUACAUAUAAAAUAAUUUAUUUAUUAUACACAAAAUUCUAAAGCAGUUUUUACCUAUGUAUAUGUAUAUAUAUAUAUUAUUUAUGUCUUUGGUAAAGUAGUACUGUACUUUGUUUCUGGCGCUGAGAGCUUUAUUG